AUGUCCAACUCAAAACUGCCCUGGUGCAGCUUAGGACUAUGCCUUCUCAUCCUGUCACUUGCUGCCUGUGAGAACAGGCUGACGCCCAGCUGGCUACAACCUUCUUUCAGGAAGAAUGCCAGCUGCGGGACAAGGAGUGCAGGCCGUGCCACGUCCACAGGUACUGGUGGGAUGUGGCGAUUCUACACUGAGGACUCACCGGGGCUCAAAGUUGGGCCUGUUCCAGUUUUGGUCAUGAGUCUUCUUUUUAUUGCUUCUGUGUUUAUGCUGCACAUCUGGGGUAAAUACACUCGUUCCUAGACUCAGCUGCCAACUUAAAGCAUACAUCUUGGACCAAAACUAUGGUGGAUCCUGGUUGUUCUUGGAGAGAGACUGGGGAAGCUUCCUAUCACCUGUUGAAGUCCUGUCAACUUUGGCUAUAAUACCGAAUUAAUUUCUCAGUUCACUACUUGGGCAGCUUUCAAGUCUGUCAUGGGUCAUUUUAUAUUUGUAUCUGUACACUUAGAAUACAGGUAUUGCAAUAAAAGUUGUAUAUGGAAAUAGAAA